AUGCCAGUGGCUCCCGAGAUCCGUGCCGAGUUGAAACUCCAUCCAGACGUGCAGUCCUUAGAGGAUGAGUGGUCUGGCGUGACGGACCCAGUGAUUCGUCGCAAGCUUCAGAACCGAUUGAACCAGCGAGCCGCUCGAAGGCGCAAGGCUGCACAGAAAAAUGCGGCAGAGGUUGCCACAUCCAGCAGUAGCUCCUCCCAAGUGACAGGGCUACGGAGCAUUCCCCUCCGUCAACGCGUGGAUCUUAACGACCUGGUGACGCUGAAGAACCAGAAGAUUACCAGCAGCCAGUGGCAUGCGGCAGCGGAGUCAUUUUCCCAAUCGAACAAGUCCACCUUCAUCUCCAUUCGCAGCAAAAGGUCGUGCCAACGAUGGUAUGAGGUUCUACUAGAAAAUCGGCUGGUGGAGAUCAGGGAUUUGGCUGCGAGGUUACAGAACGAGCGCGACAAUGCCUGGCUGUAUCCGCUUCCUGGUGACCACUUGAUCUCGCUCGUGUACUACAAUGUAUACCGAGCCUUGAUAGCCAACACCGAAAUGCUGGGAUUGGAUUUGAACCUCAUGUACACCGACGACUACCCGUCCCCGUUCCUACCUCUUUCACAAACUGCCAACUCCAACAUCCGACGGCUGCCGCCCGCUUUGCAGCCGACGGAGCUGCAAAGGACCAUCGCCCACCAUCCACAAUGGGACAUUAUCCCCGACCCCGACGUCCGAGACAAUAUUCUUCGCUACGGCGAGGAGAACAUCGAUGACCUCCAAUUGUGUCUCGACAUGAUAGGUGAUGGGGCCUACCACGACACAGGAGACCUCGACGUCCAAGAGAAAAACGGAUUGAUAAUUUGGGGAGAACCGUGGGAGAUCGAUGGCUGGGAAGUGACGGAGACUUUUGCAAGGAAAUGGCCUUUCAUGAUUAGAGGGGCGAUGGCUGUUCAAAACAGUACGAACAAAUGGAGAACGAAGAGAGGUGAAGAACCAUUGAAUUUUAGCAGGAUACUCGAGGUUGAGUGA